AUCAGAAAACAACCACCCCGCCCAAAGACCUCGGUGUUUUCCCAUUGUCUUUUUUCGGCCGUUUCCCACACGGCCAGAGCAUCAAAUCCUUCCAGACGAUGACCGGCGUUCACUACCGUGGCUCCGACAGUGCUACGCGUACGCAGCCCACAGCUGAUCAGCUGAGCCCUCUCUUUGUCGCCGUCACUCUCAGCCUAAACCCAGGCCAGUCCAGCUGCCUUGCCGCCUCGCCCUGGCCUGCCACCUAGCAGGCGAGGCAGAUGGUCGUGCAUUGAAGAAGACAAAAAAUAUGACGACGCCCUUCAGGGCCGUCUCGAGCUCCAGCGCCGUCAGCAGCGCCGGGACUCCGCCGGCAUCCCCUCGCCUGCCAGCACAACCAGAUACCCUCCUCUCGAGUCCAGCGCUGCCUCGUCGAGCCCCAUCUGAGGCUGCUACUACGUCGAGCACCACCGCGCGGACUCCGUCCCGUACCCUGUCUCCUCACUCUCCUUCAUAUGGCCGACAAGCUUCGUCACGAAGCUUGCGUACACAAACCCUCACGAGGAUCGCAGGCAUCUCGUCGACAUCAACACCACGGACCCGACUUGCCAGGGGUGGACCACCCAGAGUCUCGGUCCGAGAAAGAACACGUCCUCGCCGGCCACCUGUGGAUCCUCCCAACCUCGUUCGAUAUCACUGGUCCACGGCUGUCCUCCUUGUUCUCUAUCUCCCACUGUUCAUCAUCCCCUGGGUCAUCAUCUGCGUCCUGGACGUCAAACCUCUGACAUGGUACGGGUCCUCUUACCAGGACUCUGGGCAGUACACGGCCAACGACAUCGCAUGGGUGCCAAGAUGGGUGCGGGCCUCCAACAUCCUGGCGUGCUUCUCGUCUGCACUGGCAUUCCCUGUGGUCACUGCUGUUCUUGCUCAUGCCUCUGUUGCCUUUGUGCAGAAUGUCCGUCCUGGACAGAAGAUCAGCGCACGAGAACUGCUCUCCCUGGCAGACCAAUGCUGGAUCAGGAUCAACGGUGAUCGAAAUACGUGGUGGGCAAGUGCUGGUGCUACGCUGGUUGUCUUGACUGUUCGCGUGGAGCAGAUUCAGAUCGCCACAUGUAACGAUGUUCCACGCUCAAAGAAUGAUAAUCCCGCCUGCCACAAGCCCAGAGACAUUGGUUAUGUGGUUGGCGGCUAUGACCCUGAACCAGCAGACAUGGCCGUGACGCCUGGCAACCUGGUCGCCCGCAAAGUUCGCGAGCAGCUACCAACGUUUACAGACCUGGACACCCUGAAUCACAUCUGGCCCGAGAUCGCUGGCCAGGGUGAUAACUGGGCUGUAGAUCUAGGCAAUACCCUUUUCUACUAUCAGAAGACGAGCAUCGAAUCGAUCCCGUUCUUCGUCAGCGCGUUUCCUCAGACUUUCAACACGGGGAUGCUCCGAGAACACGCCAUCAGAUUCAACUCGACAGCAUCCUGCGAAAUCGUGCCUCGAUCCUCCUUCCCUGACAUAUGUCCCGGAACCAACCCACUCGCUGGCGAGUUCAGCAGCGAAGAGACAACAAACCGUUUCUGCGUUCCGGGAAAUUACAUCCAAACACCCUGGACGAUAGACAGAAAUCGACAGGAUAUUGUGGAGGAUUUGUGGGUGGAUAAUUACAUUCCUUAUGGAAGCCCCAUCACGAACAUAUCCAUGUUUGAGAUGACGGCAUUGACCAAUCUCACUGUUCACUGCGUGGCGACGACGACCCGAGGCUACUUUGAGCUUCCAGAUGUCCACAAUGGAGGGAAUGCCGGAGAUUUGCUGGAAUAUUGGCCAAGCCAGGCUGUGCUUGAGGCUGACUUUAACGAUGUUGAGGUUUUGUCGACCAAGCCUCCUGCUGAGUCUAAUCCUCGCAACGCGACAGACAUACUUGUUUUCCACUACGGGGCCGACCCUUUCAACAGCUGGAACGAGACCACGCCGGGGCCCUUGACCGUUCUCAUUAACGCCAUGCUGGGAAAUGAAUCUUGGUUCUACCAGGUCCAAAAUGCCAGCACUGUCCAGGAGCAGCGCGAUGGUUUCGUUGCUGCUUGCUUGCGGGGACUUCCCUUCUCGGCAUACACUGGCUAUUUUCGAAACGGUUUCUCCAUGGCCAACCUCGACUGUAGCUUUUUGAACUAUCCAGGCAAGGUCCCCAGCGUGACCUCGGAGAGCUACAACUUUGGAACCUACAACCAGACAGAUGCCCGAAUCGUUGGCGACGUCAGUCAGCUGGUGGCAGAGUGGUUCUCUGGCUUUGGAUACAACACAAGCACCGAAGAUGCGCUGGAGGCGGGCAUGUACCUCGCCAACGAGGCAUUGCUGGUACUGACUACAGACUCAUCCAAGAUUGACAGCGCUCGGCCCAUCUACGUCAGUAAUGGGACGUCGGUCAUCCGGCCAAACAUGCGAAAUCCGUCCAAGGCUGUCGUGUCGUUUCUGAUGCUGGCCGAAAUGCUGGCCCUGAUUAUGCUGGCCGUCUUCAUCUAUCGUAUGCCCACGUUUGGGUCAAGGCUGGAUGCAGUCCACAUAGCGACCAUUGGAUCACAGCUGUCCAGGCAGACCGGCACAGAAUUACCGCCGUUAGGUCUGCGCCCUCGGGGGUUGGCGCGACAGAAAUACCUGAAGAAUCUGGAAGAAACCGACGGUCUCAUUGGUGUCCAGGAAGAGGUGGAGCUGACUCCCCUGACGAGGAGCUCAGUGGUCAGCCCUAGGACGUCUGCCACAUUGACGCCAGGGUCAGGCCUAAGCUACCCUUCACCGCAGCCGCAGGGGCCGUCGCCGUCCUCACCAGCUCCUUCGAUCCAUGGAGCCCAGCCCAGGCCGCCUGGUGGCGUUCUCACAAGACCAGGACCCAGAGUGCACUCCUUUGCAAGCACAGCCCACACAGACGAUGAGAUCACAUCGGCACUUGACGCUGUGUCUGAGGUCAACGACCCAGAUGCACCACCCAAAUAUGGAGACGUGGUCCAGGCAGAUGCACAGAGGGCAGCGGCGACGGCGCAGCACAAGAAACUGGUUGUGGGCGGAUCAGGAAGGAUCACGCGAGAAAUGGCGAUGCGGCCGAGACAGCCUCGCGUGCCCAGAAUGGCGUAUAACACGAGGCCAAGGCCACUAUCUCGAGCCGGAGGGGUGGCUAGCCCUAUAGAAUCUCGGAUAAGGAGUAACAGGAGCUCCGUGAUUGGCAGUCAAAAUAGGGUAUUAGCAUAGGGAAGGACUCACAAAAUUCUGGGGGUUGGUAUCAUAGCGAUGUAACGACUAUUUGGGUUUCAUCUUGUCUCUCUCCGUCUUGUUUCUCUCUUUUCUUUUUGAACUUGGAUUUUCAUAUGUAUUAUCAUAGAUACCCUUCAUUUGGAACCUGAUACUAAUAGAACUAUUCUUUCAC